GCACCAUGUCAGACCCAUACGUUUCAAGAAAAGCUGUCGAUGCCUCGUAUCGGCCCAGGAGCUAUGUCAUGUCGCCGGGCCUCAAACGAGCGCGCGAGCCCUUCCGUCUCCGGAACGCUCUCACAGGACUCGUUCUUGCAGGAUUUGGCGUGGGCGUAUGGGCGUAUUCUAUCAGCGCCGUCAAGCAGGAUGACUUUGACGAUGUAGAUCAGGAGGCGCGCGCGUUGCAGAGGGUCGGGACGACGGUGACGACGACGACGAUAAGCGGGGAGCAAGAUGGGAAAACAGUGGCGAAUGUCACCACCGCUACUGAGUUGACGCCGUUUCCUGUCGAACCUGUACCUGCAAAGUUACCAGAGAUCCGGAUGGCUUCAGGUGUGCUGGCACCACUAUUAGACAGGACUUUCCCCAGGCUGUUGGAUCCAGCGCGCAAAACUUUGGUGUGGGGUGCUCCUCCAGUCGAUAAAAUGGGUAGACUGGGUG